AUGUUUCGAAAUCGAAACAUUCCAGCAGUUUAUAUUCAGAAAUCCGAAGAAACGAUUGAUUACUCGGGUUGUUCGUCGUCGAUGAGUGAUGUGUCAGUGCUGCUCGGUUUCGUUCACUCCGAUGGUCCGUACACUCCAUCGUGUUCCGGAUUCUCUUUCUCAUCUGAAGACUCAACAUACGAGAAAGCUGUCUCCGAGUGUCAUUCGAUUAAAGAAAGUUCACUCUUCACUGAGGGUCUUCUACUUAAAUGUAUCGAUUUGAAGCCCCUUUUCCCGUAUCUUCAUUUCGCGCAUUUCUCCUCACCGGACUACACCGGGCGAACCGGCGAAGUGACCCAAGUGAUCAGGGAUUGUGGCGCGUCACCGAAUAGUCAAUAUGGGUGUUACGAUGAGGUUUACACCAUUCAAAAAGCGGCCACUUCGACGGAGAAUCGCUUGCCCGCGCAUCGACACGCCGGCUACAUUGUGAUCGGUUUCAAGUUGUUGGAUGAUGCUUCGAAGCCUCAAGCCCUUGAGAAGACUUGGCUACAAUGGUCGGGCGCUCGCGAGAUCUACAAAUACUCACCAAGGAAUUGGAAUUUACGAAGAAUCUCGUUGCUCAGACAUCCGAAUGUAUAUCGAAACGGUCAACCCCGUCCGUUUGCAUAUGUUCUGUUGUGUGAGUACAGCUCGAUUCUUCAUCCGUCAAACACCGUUCAAGCACUCGACAUGUGCGAGAGGAUGAGAGUUCGCAAUUGUGGACACGUGGCGCUAUAUCAGGUCCAUACAGCGUACAACUCACUUCCCCAAGUGCCCCUGAUUGGACAAUCUUCUCCACGAGUCGUUAAAAGAAAUCCGAUGCUUCGUGGCUUCAGCCAAGACGUAGAAUCAACUGAGUCAAGGAGACAAAAGCUUCGUCCAAUGCGCGAUCGCAGUUUCGGCUAUAUGGAAGAAGAGAAUUUUGAGAGUUUCCCAGGAUCUCUUCAAAAAUAUGAUCAUUAUGGAUCGGCGACAAUCAAUAGUUUAAGUCCGCAUAGCAGAUCCCCGCAAACAUAUGUUGAU